AAUGCAUGGCAAAGCGUGAUCGCAAGUCACAACCAUGAAAGAAACGCUACCCAUAUCACAAGCACAACAACCCCUUCUCCCUCAUUCCUGAAUCUCUCAAACUCAAACAUACCUCGAUCUUCUUCAACAAUGGCGGAACCCGCAUUGGACCCCUACGAUUUCCUCCACAUCGAACUCAACAAAGACGGUUCCCUCACCCGCCACGUACACCACAUCGUCCCUUCCGUCCCCCCAUCCCCCACCGCCAUCCCCAAAAUCCCCACCCUCUCCAAAGACAUCCCUGUCAACUCAACCACCGGAACCUCCCUCCGCCUCUUCCUCCCCAACCCUCCACCAAACCCCACCGACCCCAAACUCCCCCUCAUCAUCUACUUCCACGGCGGCGGCUUCAUCCUCUACCACCAUUCCACCCUCAUCUUCCACCAAUCCUGCUCCUCCAUCUCCGCCACCGUCCCCGCCAUCGUCGCCUCCGUCGACUACCGCCUCUCCCCGGAGAACCGCCUCCCCGCCGCCUACGACGACGCCGUCGACACCAUCAACUGGGUCCAAACCCAAGCCCUCGACCCGGAACAAUCCGACCCGUGGCUCCGGGAUCACGCGGACUUCACCAAAUGCUUUCUCAUGGGAAGCAGCUCAGGAGGAAACAUCGCCUACUUCGCGGGUCUACGUGCACUCGACCUCGAUCUCGCUCCUGUUAACAUCGCAGGGCUGAUAAUGAAUAUUCCAUUCUUCAGUGGGGCCCAGAGAUCGGAAUCGGAGCUCCGCCUUGUUAACGACCACAUCUUGCCGUUACCGGCGAACGAUCUUAUGUGGGCCAUGGCGUUGCCGGAGGACGCGGAUCGUGACCACGUGUACUGUAAUCCGACGGUUGCGGAUGCGGAAUUUGGGGAGAAGAUCGGACGGCUGCCGAGGUGCUACGUCAGCGGGUAUGGUGGGGAUCCUUUGGUGGACAAGCAGAAGGAGUUUGUGAAGAUUUUGGAGGCGCGUGGGGUGCACGUGGAGUCUUGUUUUGAUGAGGGUGGGUAUCAUGCUGUGGAGCUCUUUGACAAUGCAAAGGCACAGGUUUUAAUUGAUAAUGUCAAGAAUUUUAUACUCUCCACUGAAUAAUUACCCUGUUUUUUUUUUUUUCUUCUUUUCCCACUAAAUAAAAGUAAUUAUUCAUGGUUUAGAAUAUAGGAGAUAGUAAAAUUCAUAUAUUUUCUUAGCAUGUGUAAUUGUUGUUAAUUUACUGAUAUGUGGAUGUAUAUUUAUCAGAUUUGCUUGUUAUAGGUUGCCAUUUGAAUUUGUUUGUAAAUCAUUGUUCUUUUUUCAGUGAAGUUACAUAUCUCCAAAACCAGAUAGAGAUUCUAAGACUCGAUCCU